GGCAACCGACCAGACGUCACAAUCUGGGCAUGUGUGUUCCAUUUUUGUCUCUUUUUUAUUUUCAGACUGGAGGAUUUGGACGGAGAAGAGGGAGAGGGGAAAGGGGAUUUUGUGCUCCUUAAAAAAGAGGGCAGCCAUCUUUUUUGGAAAAAAAGAAUAAAAAUAAAUAACACUAAAAAGAGCCCCGCCGGUGCCGAAUACACAUCAUUCUGUGCAGUGGUUAAAGUGCGUCCUUGCGGUUAAGUUUGUGCGGUGCACUUUGUGCCACGCGGGGGGGGGGUGUUGUUUUUGGACGGACCCCGUAUGCGGUAAAGAUGCCGGGCUCGCUGAGCAAUGAAGAUGAGGGUCAGGACGACAUGGAUUUUGAAGACGAGAUGCCAGAUGAUGAGGAAGAGUGUGAGGUGCAGCCGGUUUCCCUCGCUCCCCUGGACAGACUCUUCUCCGAAGAAGGCUCUCUCAAACAGCCAAAGAAGAAGAAAGUACGCAAGUUGAAGGAGGGAAAGAUGCCCAAAGUUAAGAAGAGGAUAAAGGAGGGUGACACCAGCGAGCAAGAGGACGUCUCUGAGAGAGACGAGGAGCUUGUGGACAGGUCCGAAAGUGAGAGCAGCAGCUAUGCUCCUAUGAAGAAGAAGAAAAAGAGGCCCAAGGAAAAGAAAGAGAAGAAAACCAAGCGGAGGAAGAAGGAUGAAGAAGAUGACGAAGACGAUGACGAUAGCAGUCUCAAGGAACCGAAGUCGUCCAGUCAGCUGAUGCAGGAGUGGGGUCUGGAGAACGUCGAAUAUGCCUUCUCUGAAGAGGAUUACCGAACACUUACCAACUACAAGGCUUUUAGCCAGUUCCUUAGGCCCCUCAUUGCCAAGAAGAACCCCAAGAUCCCCAUGUCCAAGAUGAUGACAGUAUUGGGUGCCAAGUGGCGCGAGUUUAGUGCCAACAAUCCCUUCAAGGGCACUUCUGCCACGGCGGUGGCGGCUGCUGUGGCCGCUGCUGUAGAAACGGUCACGGUGACUCCGUCCAUCUCCGUCAGCAGUAUUCAGCAGUCCUCUCAAGGGGGAACAAUCAAAAAAGCCAAAACCAAAGAAGGAAAGGGUCCAGGUGUGAGGCGGAAAAGCAAGAGUGCAAAGGAGGCCAAGAAGAAGGGCAAGGGAAAGAAGAGCAAGCCGAAGUCUGGGCAGAGCGGAAAGAGGAAAAAGGCCUCAUCGAGCGAAGAGGACUUUUUCGAGGAGUCAGAUUUCGAUGACAUCAGCAUCCACAGUGCCUCCGUGCGCUCGGACGCCUCUGGAGCCCCCAAAAAGAAGCCGCGGCGGGGUCGCAAGAAGAGGAAAAGAGAAGAUGGGGAUGGCUAUGAGACGGACCACCAAGAUUACUGUGAGGUGUGCCAGCAAGGUGGUGAGAUCAUCCUGUGCGAUACCUGUCCUCGGGCGUACCACCUGGUGUGCCUGGACCCUGAGCUGGAGAAGGCCCCUGAGGGGAAGUGGAGCUGCCCUCACUGUGAGAAGGAAGGCAUCCAGUGGGAGGCAAAAGAUGAUGAGGAGGAAGAGGAAGAGGCAGCUGGUGAGGAAGAGGACGACCACAUGGAGUUUUGCAGGGUGUGCAAAGACGGCGGCGAGCUGCUGUGUUGUGACACCUGCCCUUCGUCCUACCAUAUCCACUGCUUGAAUCCUCCCCUUCCCGAAAUACCAAACGGGGAGUGGCUGUGCCCACGCUGCAUGUGUCCUCCUCUGAAAGGGAAGGUUCAGCGGAUUCUUCACUGGACUUGGGGUGACCCGCCCUUACCCCCUGAGGCACCCCCUGCAGCUGAUGGGGAAUCAGGCAUGCCGAUGCUUAACCCCCCUCUGAAGGGGCGCCCUGAGAGGCAGCUGUUUGUGAAGUGGGCUGGGCUCUCCUACUGGCACUGCUCCUGGGUCAGCGAGCUCCAGCUGGAGCUGUACCACACCGUCAUGUAUCGUAACUACCAGCGCAAAAAUGAUAUGGAUGAGCCUCCGCCUUAUGACUAUGGUUCUGGGGAUGAGGAACUGAAUAUCGAGAAGCGGAAGAGCAAGGACCCGCAGUAUGCCAUCAUGGAGGAGCGCUUCUAUCGCUAUGGAAUCAAGCCAGAGUGGAUGAUCAUCCACAGGAUACUGAACCACAGUUUUGACAAGGAUGGGGAUGUGCACUACCUCAUCAAAUGGAGGGACCUGCCGUAUGACCAGUGCACCUGGGAAGUGGACGACUUUGAUAUCCCUGAUUAUGACCGGUUCAAGCAGGCCUACUGGGACCACAGGGAGCAGAUACUUGGUGAGGACAGUCGUCCCCUUGUGGUGAGGAAAGAGAAGCGGUCCAAGGAGGAGAAACGAGAACCACCCCCAGAGACCCCAACAGUGGAUCCAACCAUCAAAUUUGACCAGCAGCCCUGGUACAUCAAUGCCACAGGGGGCACUUUACACCCCUACCAACUGGAGGGCCUCAACUGGCUCCGCUUCUCCUGGGCGCAGGGCACAGAUACCAUCCUUGCUGAUGAGAUGGGCCUAGGCAAGACGGUCCAGACCAUCGUCUUUCUCUAUUCCCUCUACAAAGAGGGCCACUCCAAGGGGCCCUUCUUGGUCAGUGCUCCCUUGUCCACCAUCAUCAACUGGGAACGUGAAUUUGAGCUGUGGGCCCCGCACUUCUAUGUGGUGACCUAUACUGGGGACAAAGAGAGCCGCUCGAUCAUUCGAGAGAAUGAAUUCACUUUCGAAGACAGCGCAGUCAAAUCUGGCCGCAAAGUUUUUCGGAUGAAGAAGGACACACCGAUCAAGUUCCAUGUUCUGUUGACAUCCUAUGAGCUCAUCACCAUAGACCAGGCCAUCCUUGGAUCCAUCAGCUGGGCUUGCCUGGUGGUGGAUGAAGCCCACAGGCUCAAGAACAACCAGUCCAAGUUUUUCAGAAUCCUCAACGGCUAUAAGAUUUACUACAAGUUGCUCCUGACUGGAACUCCACUGCAGAAUAACCUUGAGGAACUGUUUCAUCUGCUGAACUUCCUUACGCCAGAGCGCUUCAAUAACCUGGAGGGCUUCCUGGAGGAGUUUGCAGAUAUCUCCAAGGAGGACCAGAUCAAGAAGCUGCAUGACCUACUGGGGCCACACAUGCUCCGUAGGCUGAAGGCAGAUGUCUUCAAAAAUAUGCCAGCCAAGACAGAACUCAUCGUCCGUGUGGAGCUCAGUCCCAUGCAGAAAAAGUACUACAAGUUCAUCCUGACGCGAAACUUUGAGGCACUGAACUCUAAGGGUGGGGGGAACCAGGUGUCCCUGCUCAACAUUAUGAUGGACCUCAAAAAGUGCUGUAACCACCCCUACCUGUUCCCAGUGGCUGCUGUGGAGGCCCCCGUGCUGCCCAAUGGCUCCUAUGACGGCAAUCUACUGGUGAAGUCCUCAGGAAAGCUGACGCUUCUCCAGAAGAUGCUGAAGAAACUGAAGAACGAAGGACACAGGGUUCUCAUCUUCUCUCAGAUGACCAAGAUGCUGGAUCUACUGGAGGACUUCCUAGAGUACGAGGGCUACAAAUAUGAACGUAUUGAUGGGGGCAUCACCGGUGGCCUGCGGCAGGAGGCCAUUGACCGCUUCAAUGCCCCGGGAGCUCAGCAGUUCUGCUUUCUGCUCUCAACACGGGCUGGUGGUCUAGGCAUCAACCUUGCCACUGCGGACACCGUUAUCAUUUAUGACUCGGACUGGAAUCCACACAACGACAUCCAGGCAUUCAGCCGAGCACAUCGGAUUGGCCAAAACAAGAAGGUGAUGAUCUACCGCUUUGUGACGCGUGCCUCGGUAGAGGAGCGAAUUACCCAAGUGGCCAAGCGCAAGAUGAUGCUGACCCACCUAGUAGUGAGGCCUGGCCUGGGCUCCAAGACGGGCUCUAUGUCCAAGCAGGAGCUGGAUGACAUUCUUAAGUUUGGCACAGAGGAGCUCUUCAAGGAUGACGUGGAGGCUGCCCGGGCUAAUGGGGAUACUAAGGAUGGAGAGGAGGGCAGUGUGAUCCACUAUGACGACGAUGCCAUCUCCAAGCUUCUGGACCGUAGCCAAGAUGCCACCGAAGACACGGAGAUUCAGAACAUGAACGAGUACCUCAGUUCCUUCAAGGUGGCCCAGUAUGUGGUGCGAGAGGAAGAUGGAGAGGAGGAAGUGCAGCGGGAGAUCAUCAAGCAGGAGGAGAAUGUAGAUCCUGACUACUGGGAGAAGUUGCUGCGGCACCACUACGAGCAACAGCAGGAAGACUUGGCCCGAAACCUGGGCAAGGGCAAGCGCGUCCGCAAGCAGGUCAACUACAACGACACCUCACAGGAGGACCAAGAAUGGCAGGAUGAUCUUUCAGACAAUCAGUCCGAGUACUCUGUGGGGUCCGAGGAUGAGGACGAAGAUUUCGAGGAGAGACCGGAAGGGGGGAGACGCCAGUCCCGCCGUCAACUGAAGAGUGACAGGGACAAACCUUUGCCACCCCUGCUGGCACGGGUUGGGGGCAGCAUAGAGGUGCUGGGGUUCAAUGCCCGGCAGCGGAAGGCUUUCCUCAACGCCAUCAUGCGCUGGGGCAUGCCCCCCCAGGAUGCCUUCAACUCCCACUGGCUGGUCAGGGACCUACGGGGCAAGAGUGAGAAGGAGUUCAGGGCCUACGUGUCCCUUUUCAUGAGGCAUCUGUGCGAACCCGGGGCAGACGGGGCAGAGACCUUUGCCGACGGGGUCCCGCGGGAAGGACUCUCACGCCAGCACGUGCUAACCAGGAUUGGGGUCAUGUCCCUUGUCCGCAAAAAGGUUCAGGAGUUUGAGCAUGUCAACGGCAAGUACAGCACCCCCGACCUGCUCCCCGAGGGCGUGGAGCUCAAGAAGCUGACGGAAAGCCUGUCCUCGGACCCAAACACUCCUGUCCCAGCCAGCCCCGCAGCCACACAGCCUGGGACACCUAUUCCCUCAGAGAAAAUUGAGCCGCUCUCAGGACCCCCCGAGGACAAGGAAUCGGCAGAGCAGGAGAGCAAGAAAGCACCAGAGCUGGAGGUCCCGACCAGUAUGGAGUCGUCUCCCGGGACGGACAAGCUGGCAGACAGCGAGGAGUCCAGGGGCGGGGCGAGUGAAGACCGGCCGGCGGAUGAGAGACGGAAGACCGAAUCGCCCCCAAAGCAGCCGGAGCCCUCGACCAAUCAGAGCCAGCCGUCCUCCUGUCAGACAGAUGCGUCGCCCAAUCAGACACAGCCAGCCUCCAAGCACCCAGAGCCCUCCUCCAGUCAAACACACACAGGGGAUGGAGCUCGGGAGGCCGAGAAGCCUUCUGAGAAGGAGGACAGUGACCCAGCCGCAGUCAGAGCUGAAGAGAAAGACCCCAAACCAGCAGCCGCAGUGGAAGGGAAGGCCGAUGAGGUGCCCGAGGGUCAGCUGAACGGAGAGAAGGAUGUCCGAGAGGAGGUGGAGGAGAGCCGCAAGGAGGACAGGAGCUGCUGCAAGAUAAAGUUUAUGUUCAACAUUGCAGACGGGGGCUUCACAGAGCUGCACACGUUGUGGCAGAACGAGGAGCGGGCGGCUGUGACCUCAGGAAAGAUGUACGACAUCUGGCACCGCCGACACGACUACUGGCUGCUCGCCGGCAUCGUCACACAUGGCUACGCCCGCUGGCAGGACAUUCAGAACGACCCGCGCUAUGCCAUUCUCAAUGAGCCGUUUAAGACAGAAAUGCACAAGGGCAACUAUCUAGAGAUGAAGAACAAGUUCCUGGCAAGACGCUUCAAGCUGCUAGAGCAGGCCUUGGUGAUCGAGGAGCAGCUACGGCGAGCGGCCUACCUCAACAUGACGCAGGACCCCAGCCACCCAGCCAUGGCACUCAACACGCGCUUUGCUGAGGUCGAGUGUCUGGCCGAGUCCCACCAGCACCUGUCCAAGGAGUCGCUGGCUGGGAACAAGCCUGCCAAUGCUGUGCUGCACAAGGUGCUGAACCAGCUGGAGGAGCUUCUGAGUGACAUGAAAGCGGAUGUGACGCGGUUGCCCUCCAUGCUGUCGCGGAUCCCUCCUGUCUCGGCACGGCUGCAGAUGUCAGAGAGGAGCAUCCUAAGUCGUCUCACCAGCCGAGGCAACGAGCCCCCACCCCAGCAGCCCUUCCCCCAGGGUUCCUUCAGCUGCACCCAGAUGUACAGCAGUGGCUUUGGGGCCGGCCUGCGUGGACCCGGAGCCGGCGGGAUGGUCAACUACAGCCAGAUGCCCUUGGGCCCCUACGUCAGUGUUUCAACCAACGGUCCUCCUCCACCUCCUAGCCUCCUGGACAAAAAGUCGAGCGACCCGCUGAGGGAUGUCACAACCCCCGACUUGAAGGCUGGAAAAGCCAGCGACGUGAUCUGUAUCGAAGAUUAGACUUGUCCCCAGUCUAGUGGAGCCAACCAACACCAGUCUCUCUGAAGUUAUAGUUGCGCGUGUCUCACUGACUGGCCCCGAAUGGGGCCUCCUGUGCUAUGCUUCAGACUUGCUUUGGGAAGGUUCUUCUGGGAUACGGGCUGGCUGUCCUGAGAAGGAGGUGGUGACCGUUGCCUCUACGUGGGUUUCAUUUUCUCUUACUAGCUUGAAAACACUGGAAAGAGGUCAUAUGUUCUGGGAGGGGUGCUUGCCUUGCAGCAGCUGUGGCCUUUUCCAUUUUCCUUAAGCAAAGUUUCCUCUUUGCUGCCGUUGUGCUACAGAUGUUAAUGUUCAUUAUUGAGCCAGACGAGAGCCUACCUCCCUGCUUCGGCUGUGGACUUAGUGCGUGGAGUGCAGCCUGGUUCACCCAGCGCGCACCCAGCCCCUCUCCGACUCAUGCACCUCACAUCUUGCCACCCCACCCACCUCUCUGUCACCCUCUCAAACCCCAUAGAGGCUGCAGAGCCUGGGCCAGAGAGGCCUGAAGAUCCCAGCUGCAGCACAGGCCCAGAAGGCCACAUCUGGAUCAGGCUUUGCAGCAUGGAUGACCCUCUAUUCACAUCUGUGUUUUCGAAAUUUAUGACAUUGCAGUGGGAAGGACACGUUUGACAAAGAGUAUGACAUCACGAUCUGGCCCUCGGUUGUGCCAUCAGUCACAUGAUGUGCCCUGACGGCAAACGUGGGAAACCGACACAGCAAUGUAACACUUGAAUUGUGUGACUGCAGUACUGCAUUAACAUUUCUUUAAAUAUUCGGAACUCUCUCCACUGCCUGUUGUGAAGAGGCUUUGGUUUAUUUAGUGGCGCAUAUAGUUGAGUUCAUGACUUUAAAGUCAAUACUAAAGUGAUAUCAAGUAUAGACAAGGGACUGACCUUUUGAAUGGAGAUGGUCUGGUCACAACCGUGCCAUUUGGAAUGUGUUUUUUUUUUGGAUGCCCGACCUUUUGUUGACAC